AUGUAUAUUCGCGGUGAUUUUCUUGUCCUGCUGGUGAUCGUUCUCGCGGAGACCCAAUGUGCCAUGAUAAGAAUCAUCCGGGAAGAUCAUUUUAAGUGCGGAUGUCCAGCAGCAUCACAGAGGCAGCCACGAUCGAUUGUCUUGCCAAAGGUCCAGCCGAAAAACGGAGUCUCAUUGUCAACGAUUACAACCACCACCGGUCGCAUCUUCAACGGCAAACCAAGCCGAAGGGGCGCGUGGCCUUGGCAGGUGUCUCUUCAGUUAUUACAUCCGAAACUGGGCUUUAUCGGUCAUUGGUGCGGUGGUGUGUUGAUUGAUCCUAAAUGGGUGAUAACCGCGGCUCACUGCAUUCACAACGAACUGUUCAAUUUACCCAUCGGUGCGCUAUGGACGGCGGUGGUCGGCGAAUGGGAAUUGGACUCAGGAGGACGCGGAUCCGCACGCUUGCCCGUCGAGAAAGUGAUCCUCCAUGAGAGAUUCAAUAAUUACAGUCCUAAAAGAAAUCUUGCUAUUACAGCCUUGAUGAAACUCGCCAGGCCGGCGCCUUUAUCCAAAGUCGUCCGUACUAUCUGUCUUCCCGGUCCUGGGCAGGAUCUCAGUGAAGGACAAUGCGUGACCUCUGGCUGGGGCCGAUAUAGUCCCUCGCCUUCACUCUCCACUGCUCUUUUGGAGGCCAGUGUCCCGCUUUUAAAUCUGGAGGAGUGUCUGCAGGCAUAUGGUACCUCGGUACCUAUUAGAAAAGGUCAUCUCUGCGCCGGUCAGAUUGACGGUUCCUCCGGAAGCUGCGUGGGUGAUUCUGGAGGACCUCUGCAGUGUCGUCGUACCGACGGCGUUUGGCAACUAGUCGGCGUCACGUCUUUCGGAUCCGGUUGUGCCAGACCAGGUUACCCAGAUGUAUACACUAAGAUACAACAUUAUCUGCAUUGGAUCAACAAAACAAUCGAUGCAAACAACGACGAGCGAAGAUGA